AUGUUUCGUCCGAAGCAAAUCGAUGACGACGGCUACUCGAUAUGGUCAUUCUGCAAACACAAUCCUGAACUGCUGUUCUGCAAAUGGAACCCGAUACGUAACGUUCUUAGUCCUGUGAUUUCUCACGAGUCAACAACUGCUUCAACCAGGAUCAAGGAAUUUAGCAAAGGUCUACAACCAGUACGUCUACAGGAUUCUGUAAUGUCUAACCAGUCGAUCAAUCAAUAA